GGUUGCAGCCGUGUCAGGCUCCCGGCUGCGACCCGUGCUAGCUAGUGGAAAAGGGGUAUCACUUGAUCCGGGUUUUUGCAGAGGGACCCUUUUCCACUAGCAAAAAACACAGGUAAAUACGCGCCCCUGUGCAUUUACCCGUGUUUUUUGAGCUAGUGGAAAAGAGGUAUUAACGACAGUACACAACAGUGACCCGGCCUGGUACAGAGGUGUAGCGGGCAUCCAGAGACAGCGGGUUAUUUUAUUUAGCGGAUGUCAUUAUUAUUAUUACUGUAGUUAUUAUGCUAUCAGUCACACACACCCCUCAGGCUAUGUGCGCGCCCUCGUGACAGACACGGGGAGAUGGCGUCGCGCGCCCCCGUGCGUUGCCCCGGCAGCAGCCGCCGCCAGCAGGGCCCCGCUCACAAGCACCGGAGCCGGCGCAGCAGCAGCAGCAGCAUGGGGGACACCCUCCACCUGCCGGGCUCCUGUCGGCGUGUGAGCGCAUGGAGCGAGGGGAGUGCCCCGAGUCCCGCCCGGCUAGUGAAGCGCCCUGCCUCGGUGCCCGGGCGGCUGAGUGACCGCUGCGAGGAGUGGAGCUCGUGCAGUGACCCGGAGGAGCGCUCCCUGGGCAGUGCCCGGCUGUCCCGGGACCUGGGACGGGAGGAGAGCGCCCUGCUGCGGGGCAUCUUUGAGAUCGGUAAGAGGAGCUGCGAUGUGCUGCUGACCGCCAGCCGCCUGCUGUGGAGCCCCAUCCGCCCCGAGAGCCCAGGCAAAUCUAAAGCGGACCUGCAGAUCAAAGAAGAAUCUGUUGAUGUGAGAGACAUAUUCUCAGUGAAACUGAAACGUCGUCGAGCAGCGGGGAAGGAAAAAGGGGGCACUUUGCUGGGCAUCACCAUAUUUUUGUGCGUCAGGAAGGGACAUAAGCUAAAGGACGACUCCAUCGAUCUUCACAAUCUAAGCGAAGACUACUGUCAUAUAUGGUAUCGGCAAUUAAAGGAAAUUUUGAACGGUUUUCCGAAUAGACCAAAGUCUCUUAAGAUAAUUAUUAACCCACAAAGCCAUAAAGGUGAAGCGACCAAUGUGUAUUACCGGCACGUUGAGCCUCUUUUGAAGCUUGCUGACAUUCAGACUGAUGUUACAGAAACUAAAUAUAAAGGACAUGGUCUUGCAUUACUUAAAGAAUGUGAACUCCAAGAAUAUGACGGAAUUGUGUGCGUUGGUGGCGAUGGAUCGGUAAGUGAAGUUGCUCAUGGCCUUCUUCUCCGAGCGCAAAUGGAUGCUGGGAAGAAUAUCAAUGCCGGUUUCAAGCCGGUCAGGGCAUCCCUGCCGCUUGGUAUAAUUUCAGCAGGUACGGCCAAUGUUCUGGCUUUUUCAGUUCAUGGAAUUAGACACUCGGUAACUGCGACACUGCACAUCAUUAUGGGGAACAUACAAGCGGUGGACGCCUGCACCUUCAGCAGUGACGACAAGCUGCUGCGCUUCGGCUUUUCAUCCAUGUUUGGAUUUGGCGGAAGAAGUCUGGCUCUCGCAGAAAGACAUCGCUGGAUGCCCCCGAAUCAGAGAAGAGACUUUGCCGUUAUCAAAAGUCUCGCAAAUUUAAAAGCGGAGAGCUGUGAUGUGUCAUUUUUACCAAUAACGGACCGUACAGUCACAUGUCAUGGAGAGCACAAAAAUAAAAGCAAUGAUCAUUCCAUUCAGUCUGAGAACACGGACCGCUGGCAGCACAUCCAGGGCGAUCUGCUGAAUGUCAGCAUUAUGGCAAUCCCCUGCCUGUGUCCCAUGGCCCCAAGAGGUUUGGCGCCUAAUACCAGGUUAAACGACGGAACUAUGUCACUUACUGUUGUACAUAAUACGUCAAGACCAGAGUUUGUGAGGCAUCUGAAACGCUACGCCACGUUGAAAAACCAGUUUAAUUUUCCUUUUGUUGAAACUCACUUGGUUAAAGAAGUUAAAUUACACCCCAGGAACAUUAGCUGUCACGCUAAUGGCUUAUAUGAAGAAAAUGGGAAAGUGCGACCAUGCCCUAGUGAAGACGUCCAUGCAUGGAAUAUUGAUGGAGAUUUGCUGGAAGCAUCCUGUGAAGUUCAGGUCAGAUUACAUCCAGAACUCAUUAAUCUCUAUGGGAGGAAUAUUGAAGAACUGGAUGAAGUGAAAGGAAAAUGCAAUUGUUUGUAGAAGAAAAUGGAGAGAAAAAAGGCACACAUUUCAUUUUUCUAUAAAUUUCAUUUUAAUUGAUCUGUGAUAGCAGAGACAUCUGAAUGUUGACUUUUCCUUAGAAAGGGUCACGUUAAUAUGAACACAAUUACAUUCAGUUACAUUCAGACCCAGUUCAAAUCAAAAUAACAAUACCAAACCAAAAUCGUAGAGAAGCCUAUUUUAAAAUAUAUAUAUUUUUUAGAAAUUGUAAACUUGCACUAUAGAUUUUAUAGUAAUAUUUGCAAUAAAAGAUGUUUUCUUCUACAAA